GAAUAAAAAUUAUUGCAGAGUCAAGUAUUUUAAUUGAAUAAUUAAUAAAAAAAAUUACCACGGAAACAAUGCUACAUAUAUACAGGUAUGUAGUGAUUGCACCGCAGUUGUCAUGACAGCUACUGACGCCGGAAUUCCCUAAUUACCUGAUUCCCCUAUAUGUCUACUCAUGGGUGAAGACGUAAUCAAUUAAUUAAUUAAGUUAAACUUUAUUUUGUCAUGAAUAGGACUCCAAAUCACCGUGACGUUCCAAUAAGUUAAAAUUAGGCAUGAUCAAGCAUGACAGGGUAUUUAAAGCAAACACAGAACUAUACACAUAAUACAUCGAUGACCUUAAAUGUUGGACAGGGUCUUUGAAUGCGCAUGUCUUCAGGUAGAAACUCCGUCGGAAGUAUUGAUCUUGAGUCAGGUAUAGUUCAAAGCUUAUACCAGAGUGCCGACCACAAAAUAAUCACAUUCAAUACACUGGAGUAUAAACAAAGGGACGUUAGAUUACAUGAAUUUGUUCACUGGAUUUUCACCCGAGGUGGAAAAGUGAUGAAAAAUGAUGACAUGAAACCACCGUUAAACGACAAAGCGUGCAUGGAUACGCCAAUUGGCAACCCUGGUGUCAUCAUGGAGAAAACCAAACCCGGGCGGACCGACGGUAGACGAAAAUUGGUAAUUCAUUUCGAUAUUCGGAACACUGUGCUUGUGGCCGAUUCAGUAACUAAAGUAUCGAUGGAACAAGCAUUGAAUAGUUUUCUGACUGGGGUGGCGUGGGGAAAGGCUAACAAUUCAGAGUGGCACUGGCAUUCCUAUACUCCAUCGCUCACCCCUCCCGCCCCUGGGACCACAACCAUUUACAAGUUUCUAGAAAAGUUACUGGUUAAAACUCCGGCAGAUCGUACCAUGCUCAGGAUUGCCACUGGGGAUUUUACCCAUACAGCAAUGGGGGAGGGCUUUCUUCCGGUUUUCCAGGAUCAUUUGCAUCACUUAAGAUGGAGGCACGAUCCUGUGGAACAUCUUACCAUGUGUGGCAAAAAUGGAAAGCAUUACCACUACAUUCUACCGUCCGUGUAUCGUGUCAUCUAUAAGCUGUAUGAAGACAACCGAGAUUUCUCUAUAGUGUUUAGGACUUACGGGUUGGAUGCUAAAAACGUACUCACUAGUCUUUCACACGGUUUGUCAGGCAAACACCCUGAAUUUCCCACUCCUUUGGACAUCGAUGUCAAUUUAACGCCUGGUAAAGUCUACAGAAAACCGGACGAACCUAUUGUUUUCGAAGUUCAAGACCAGAAAUCUAGAAAUGGAGAGGGGACUUCCUUUUAUAUAGGGGACCGUGACAGUUACACAAUGCUCAGUCAGACGGAGGGGAUAUGUGCCUUUCAGGACGAUUUUCCGUGUUGGCAAGGUAAUAACUAUCAUCAUCGAAGUGCCAAACCUCUGUAUAUAGAUCCGUAUGAUAAAGAUGUACACCACAUUUUCUUUGAUGACAAUAUUCGGACGUUCGAACACGAUAGUAUCGUGGAUGUGAGAGUGUUCGAAUCACCGGAAGUUAAAGAAGCGAGAAGUAUUUCAAACAAGGAGGCGGUCGAAUAUGAGAAUAUGAACAUGGUUCAGGCGGACCUUUUAGAGGCCAUUAAGGAUGCUGACUACUUCGUGAAAGCUGUACAGACUUGUGAAGAAAGAUAUUCUAAAUAUUUGGAAGAGUUUACAAAUAGUUGAUCAGAACCCAUGUUUGGUUAAUUUCUUUCAUUAAUACUUACUAAUAUAGAGCAGAGAUUUAUGAUUUUAUUGAAUUCAUAUAUGGCCUAUAACAUCUAUAUUGCAAAUCACAAUAACGUCACUUGUUUAUCGAGGGAAAAUUCCGUCUUGAAUAAUAUUAAGUAUAUAUUUCUUCAUUAUGGAAAGUUGCCAACUUUUUAUUAUCAAGAUAGACUGACCAUCAGAGCUUUAAAUUCAUGCUGCCACGUAUAUUGGUUACGAUUUAUUGAUCAGCUUAAUGUUCAAGGUAGUUUGGAGGAUCAAAUGGUGCGUGAAUACAAGUUGUUUUAUUUUUAACAGUUGCCAUUACAUUGAAAAAAGAAAUAGAAAUUCCUCAUAGAUCCAUUAAGUUCUAAAAUUCAUUUUACGAAUUCAUUUUUGGACUGGUUCAUCAAACUAUAAGGAAAUGGUUUCUAUGUUCUAAAUUUUGGAUUGCUAGUCUAUAAAUACUAAAACAAAAUGUCCACAAGACCUUUAAAUUUUAAUUCUAUACAGACUUUGCACGUAGUCAAACAUAAGGUUUAGGUGUCUUUCAAUGACUAUACUGCGCUCAAUGUUAUAAAUUUAAAUUCUUUCGAAGCCAAGGACAAUGUUUAGGAGUAGAAAUUUAGUGUACGUUAUUUAAUCUCAUUUCAAAAUACAUGUAUCAGCUGUUUUAUGAUUCAUUUUUUUUUCAUGAAUUUAAUGUCCUACAUUUUUUUUUUUUUUUGCAGCAAGUAUACAGGGUUGAUCAUGUGAUAUUCGAUAUGUGAUACAAAUCAAAAGCAAUUGUACAUGAUGUUUAAUUUAAGAUAUUUAUAGAUAGAUUUAUGUAUACAGCGUUUACGUCCAUUUUCCUUACUUAUCAAUAUACAUUGUACAUCCAGUUUCGGACGUUAUGUGCAAUACUUUUUUCUUGUUCUUUUGCUUGCGAGGUUACCAGUAUAGAAAUGCAACCAUGACAAAGCAGAAUCAAUCUUCUAACGUUCCUCAAUUUGUUGAUUGCACUAUAAUACAGUUUCAGUUCAUUUAUUGCUCAAGACAUUACAUUUUAUGACAGGAUAACAAUAAAACUAAGUGUUACAUAAAGAAGUAGUCGGGUAAAGUACAACCUCCAUCGAGAUUAUAAAAUAUAUUGAUUUUUUUUUAUUGAGUUUUAAACAAAACUCAAAAAUAGUCCCAUGUACCAACAUUCAACUUUAGAAAUAAAUGUUUGAAAAAAUGAAUAAA